AUGCGUGCCUACGUGUUACUAUCAGUGGUAGCUUCCUUAUGCUCUGCUCUGGUUCUUCCAGAUCAAGAGAUUCUUGCGGCCCUUUCAAAGGCUUUCCCAGGUCUCCAGGAGCAUGAACACUCUCAGUCCUUCUCCACUGGUGUAGGUAGCCAGCAUGUUGAGCCAGAUAUCGAGACAUGGUGGGAAAUGGUUUCGGCUAUGACUCGGGACAGACAUGACUCUGCCGCUGAUCUAUUGUUGAGUCUGCUGGGAAGUGAUCUUAGCUUGGAUGGUGCUGUCAGGGUUCCAAAGGAGAGGAACCCUGGGAGUGAUGGCACUGACGACGAUGAAGGUGGUGGAGGCAACAAUAGGAAAGACGAUGAUGAGGAUGAUGAGGAUGAUGAGGAUGAUGAGGAUGAUGAGGAUGAUGAGGAUGAUGAGGAUGAUGAGGAUGAUGAGGAUGAGGAGGAUGAGGAGGAUGAGGAUGAUGAGGAGGAAGAUGAGGAUGAUGGGGACGACGAGAGACCGGACUUUCGCUGUCAAGCAGGUCCAGAAACAAGACUCCGACCUGGCUAUUCUAGACAUCCAAGGCUAGGAUAUGCCCGGCUCUUGCCCGAGGAUGAUCGUCGAGCAUGUCCGCCCGAGGUAUUCUGUUCAGAAGACCACACCAUCUGGGAGCUGAUCAAUGAGAGCGCGAAAACCUCACGACUUGCGAGCCUCAUAGAAAACAAUGACGACCUGGUCAGCGUGCUCAACAGCACUGCAGCAAAACACACUCUAUUCGCGCCAACAAACAGAGCCCUGGAGCGACUGCUUCACGAAGAGCCUCCGACCCAUCUGCUGAAACAGAUCGAGCACUACCAUGUCAUCUCUGGUCUCUUCAAAACAGACAAGCUUCGACGCCACCAGACACUGCGAACCGCACUGAACGAGUCCUAUUUAGGCGAAAACAUGCCACAGCGCGUGGUAGUGAAUAAACGCCGGAACGCCCUGGUGCUGAACGGCCUCAGCCGUAUUGUAGCAGGCGAUAUUCUCGCUAACAAUGGUAUCAUCCACCACAUCAACAACCCUCUUUUACCACCUCCAAACACAAGUGCCAUUAUCGAUCUUCUCCCGGCCCACUUCAGCACUUUCGCUCACGGUCUCGAACGCACAAAACUCACCAAGUACUUCUGGAAAGACAAUCGCGCCGGCGGAACAACAUUUGCCCCUACAAACGCGGCAUUCGAGCGCCUUGGACCUCUCGCAAAUGCCUUCUUGUUCUCUCCACAGGGUGAGCAGUGUCUGCGGUCUUUGCUACAGUAUCAUAUCGUGCUGAAUCAGACCAUGUACUCGGAUGCGCUGUACGCGAAGGGAAAUGUGCUCGAAUUUGGAGGGAAUGAUUCGAGUGCUUCAGUCCAUGUGGGAUUGCCGACGAUGUUGAAGGGUCAUACUUUGAAUGUUGAUGUGGCGACGAGAGGGCCUAGGGUUGAGGUUAGGGUGAAUGGGUUUGUUCGGGUUGUCGGAUUGGAUCUGGUGGCAAAGGAUGGGGUGCUGCAUGUAUUGAACGAAGUGUUGCUUCCAUCGAAGAAGGUUGGAGGGAAGAUGAGACGGGAUGAUGGAGUGGACAGAAUUGGGUUGGAGUGGUUAAAGCAGCAGCUGGGAGGCUGUGUUGGAGAAAAGUCGGCGCGCAUGGAUCUGUGA